AUGGAUUUCGAGCCCGAUGAGAAUCUAUCCAUGGCAAUCGUUCCUGAGCAUUUAGGAAAUGAAGAUACCAUGAUAAAACUCGGUUUCAUUGAUGAAUUGAAGAAAUUAUUCGCUAUCAAUGAGCUUCUCAAUCUUCCCCAGCUUGUCGUAAUCGGCGACCAAAGCUCCGGAAAGAGCUCUGUUCUCCAAGCUAUCACACGACUUUCCUUCCCCGUUGAUGACGGCCUCUGUACACGUUUCCCGACCGAAGUUUCCCUACAACGAGCAUCGGAAGACGCUCUAGAAGUCAGUAUCACGAAAGCUGUUCGUGCAUUGGAUGCGCCAAAUCAAACUACUGUACAGAAAAAAUGGGUUGAGAAACAAUCUACACGUAUUGAUGAGUUCAAUGGUAGAUGGGGAGGUAAGGUUGCGCAAAUGGACGAUUUUUGUGAUAUUAUAACAGAGGCGAAGAGAGUGAUCAUGGGAGAUUCCGUCGAGCCUGGACAGUCGGCAAAAAAGGCGAAUGUUGCCCAGAAUAAGAAGAAUUUUCUGAGUGAUGCUACCUUGAAGAUUGUCAAAAAGGGUCCGGGAGAGAUCAAUAUCACAAUUGUUGAUAUCCCCGGAUUGGUUUCAUCAACUCAUCCAGCUCAUAAAAUGGCCAAAGCAUUGGUGGAUCACUACAUAUUGAAUCCUCGAAGUAUUGUUCUAGCUGUCGCCCAUCCUGCAAAUGUCGAAACUCAAGAUAUGUUCCAGAUUAUCAAAGGUAUUGCUAAUUGGAAAAAUCGAGUCAUUGGAGUCAUCACAAAAUGUGACAAGAUAGAACCAGAGGGCGAUGAUUGGGUAUUCAGAGCAAUCAAAAACGAUGAGAGCGAUCCAGAAUUCGAUAGAUGUCUCAAAUACGGCUGGUUUGCACUGCGCAACCUCUCUCCAUCCGAAAGAAAAUCCAGCCCCAGCAAAGAAAUCCAAACGAUACGCGAUCAGAAGGAGGAAAAAUUAUUCAGUCAAAAAGUGUGGACAGAUCUGGAGCGACAAGGAAAACUAGGCAUCAAAAAUCUCAAAGUUGCGUUGACACAAAUGCACAACGAACAUGUGACACGCAGUAUCCCCGAACUGAUUCCGGAGAUCGCAGAACGUCUCAAAGGAGUCGAAAGAAGAAUCGAAGCACUAGGACCACCGCGAAUCACACCCGAGAGCCAGUUAAACUGUUUGGUUAACCUCGCGACGAAGUAUUCUUUGCACGCCGGAGAUGCUAUCGAUGGCCAUAAUGAUCGUUUACCCGUCAAUUGCCCUGAAGUGAAGAUUCGGAAAAUCGUCCGCGAUACCCUAGACGAGUUUAGGGAUGGUAUGACCGCGGUUUACGAUCAGCGCUUCAAUAGUAAAAUUCUCGGAUUCUCUCUCGACUCGGUUGACGAGAAAACAUGGGAACGCGCGGUGCUGAGAAACAAGUAUUUUAACGAGAUUAGCCGAUGUAUCGAAGCCAAUCGCGGCAAAGAAAUGGCCGACGAAGUAAACGGCGCGGUCAUACGUAGUCUCUGGUCGGAACUAACACCAGUAUGGAGAGACCAAACCAAAGCCUUGAUUGAAUCAUUAGUCAACGCAAUCUGGAUAUCAGUAGGAUGUCUCUUGCACGCGAUUUGCGAAGAAGAAUCUCUUCUAAUCAAUGUCCAAAAUCUCCUCGAGGAAGACAGAACCGCCGUUCACGAUGACGCCAUGCACGAAUUAGAUAAACUUCUCAACGAUGAGAAAUCCGGACUCAUUGUCACUCUCAACAAAUGGAACGUGUAUCAACUUUCCGAUUUGCGCGAAGGCAGAUUCAAACUCAUGACUGCGAGACUGGACGAGAUUCAGAGACGGGAUAAGGAUAUUGUGAAAACGCAGGUGAAGAGUUGGUUUGGGCAUAAUGCGAAGAUUGAUGCGAUAUUCACGACGCAUGAUAAGUUGGCGAGUUAUUAUCAGAUUGGCAUGGUGAGGUUUGUGGAUAAUGUUUGUCAUCAGGUUUGUGAGAGACAUCUUUUGGGGAGGAAGAGUCCGUUGAGGACUUUGGGCCCGGAUAUGAUUACGAAGAAGUUUCAGGGGGACGAAGAAGCUCUACGAAAGAUCGCAGGCGAAACCGCACCUCAAUUAGCGGAACGAGCUCGAUUGCAAAAAGAUCAGGAGUCGUUGAAAAGAGCCAUGGAAAAGGCGAAGCAGUAUAAAUUGACUUUGGGGGUACAUGGGAUGGGGUUGUGA